CGUAUAAAAGCACUGAGCCAGCAUGGGUCUCAUACACUCUCGAGCUGCCAGAUCUCGAAGCCCGUCGUAGCCGCAUCUGCUCCGAGUCCUCCGAAUCCAGGCAGUCACGGUCACGGUAACCGCCUUCAAGGGAGCGAACACGCAGACCAUCGUCACCGCUAGAUAGCAUGUUCCGUCCCCCAUACUAUCACGUCCCGCAGGAACUCUGCGACGAGGUCAUAGACUAUCUGUGGGAUGAUGUUCCUACUCUCCAAGCAUGCGCGGUGGCGUGCCAUGGCUGGGUCUGGAGGGCGCAGCGGCACAUCUUCCGUAGUGUCGCUAUCAACAACGCCACUCGCUUUGAGCGAUUUUCGCGGCUCAUUAAGACGAAGCCACGGAUCGCGACGUAUGUGCGAGUACUCACCAUCGCGAAAGCGAGGCGGAGCAAGACCAAGCUGGAUCGAGCUUGGCCGGAGUUGCUGCAGACGCUGCGUGGCGUCGAAGACUUGACCCUUGGUCGAUGGGUCGAGGUCUUCUCGAUGCAGCAGGUGUUCAAGCAGAAUUUGCCAGCACUCUUCCAGCGUAUCCGUGUUCUGCGCCUCACCAACACCUCUGUCGGCGACGUCGCCGAUCUCGUGUGCCUUUUGUCCGCGUGUUCCGCCAUGCACACUCUGCACCUGGACAAUACACGUAUGGUGUGGCCCAAUUGGGACCAGGUGGACAGCAUUCCUUCGGUCGACUCCCCCCAGCUUCAUGCACUAUCUCUGACUCCGACUCACGCCGUCCCCAUAACCGACAUCUGGGCGGAAGGCCUCAUUCGAGCGACUAUCCGCAGGCUAGAGCUCGAACUCAUUACUCCCGAUCUAUUCCUCAGUUGUCGACCCGUCCUUCGUGCCAUGGAAAAUACAUUGGAGGAGCUAGUCAUAUUAGUAACCGGCACCAAGUUGCGCAGACGACCUCUUUCCGGAACCCUGCCUCCCAUGAAGCGCCUGCGCCGAAUCCAUCUACGCGUCAAGAUGCUGGAUGCCAAACAACCGAUCCCACGGCAGUACGAAUGGAUGCUGGGAUUCCUCAGGCUUCUGAGGAUAUGGGAAAGCAACAGCCAUCUCUCGGAGGUGGUCCUUAGUUGGCGAACUUCCGAUUUGGCCAGCAUGAAGACUUCGCCUCCCUGGGACGAGUUCGACUUCGGCAUGGCGAAAUUGGCAAAAGCGAACGACAAACUCAGGUUCACCCUCAAUGUCCUCGAUGAUACCGGGAUCCAGAACCAAUGGAUAUACAUGGUGGGCCUUGGCUUGCAUGCUUUCCCAUCUCUGCGGAAGUUACGGACAACCCUUGCGGUUAACAUGGGAUCCUCAUGGGAUGAGCAUGAAACCUUCGGUGGCUCUCUGAGCAAUCCCAAACAAUGGGCAUUCCACUUCGAUCCUCAAACAGUCUCGGUUCCGAAAGUAUAGAGUGGACCAUCCGUACAAAGGACAGCUGCACUGGGGCCUACUAGAUCUGCCCACCACCAUAUGAUUCCCUCUAUGUUGCUAUGUUUCCCUCUUGGU